AACCUCAUCUAUUAUUCUCAUAUCUAGUCCCAACUUACAAAAUGUGGAAGCGGGAAACAGAAGCAACCAGAGAUACAGCAGAAAUCAGGUGGUGUAGGUCAGUCAAGGCAAUCUGGUUCACCAAACCUCAUUCAUUAGGCUUGAGUCUAGCUUUGUAAAGUGAAUGGAGGUUCUUCCCUUAAUCCACAAGAAAAGCUUUUGCUCGUGAAGCUCCGACACAUUCUACCAUGAAACAGCAAAAAAAGUAAAGGUAACACAGCAUGCACUUGGCCCCUUUGAGAGAUCUCGUGGAAUCCAUUGCCUGGUUUCCUUUUGUCCCUUUAGAAAUCAUGGCCAUGCAUGCAUAUCUCCACCGCAUGGCAGCAGAAUCUAUGGUUUCCUGGCCUUCAAGUCAUCCGAUAUUCUCGGUGUUGUUUUAUAUUCAUAAAGGCAUCUGAUCUGCAUUGGUCUACACAGCACACGCAAGCCGCUCUCUGCCAUGGCCAUAAGUAUGCACCAUGCACGGUGAGCAACCUGGGGACUUUUUUUGGUUCAUGAGUUGCUUAGUGACUCGAGUAGUGAACUGAAAUCCAGUGGCCUUUGCAUGGACAGUAGCUUCUUUCCUGUUGACACAGGCGCUCUUCGCUCAGACUCCCAUUAUAUUCCCUAAGGCUUACACAGGGGAGGGAGGGAAAGAGACGGGUCAGAGAGAGAGAGAGAGAGAGAGAGAGGUCUUCUUUUGAGUUAGUUUUGUUUCACACAUGAAGAGAGAGGAGCUGAUCAUGAAGGGUCUUUUGAUCCUUGCGUGCUUCAUUGUGUGUGUGGCAGGCGCGCCGCAGGAGAAGGCGGAGUCGACCACCCCGAUCCCUACCCUGUCUCCUCCGGAGGGAAACACGAGCUUCAUCGACGGUGUCACCUGGUGCGUCGCGCGGCCGGGCGUCCCCCAGGAGGACCUCCAGAAUGCGCUGGAUUGGGCGUGCGGCCAGGGCGCCGCCGACUGCUCGCCGCUGCAGCCGGGCGGGCAUUGUUACCAGCCCAACACACUCCUGUUGCACGCCUCCUACGCCUUCAACAUCUUCUACCAGCAGAACGGCAAUUCCGACAUCGCCUGCAACUUCGGCGGCGCUGGAACCAUCACCAAGAGGGACCCAAGUUUCGGGCUAUGCAAGUUCCUGGCAUCUGAGACUUCUGCUGCUUCAGCGCUCAUGUUGACGAGCAUGAGGAUGAUCUGUGCUACGUUUCUGACCGUGCUUCAGCUCAGAGUUUUCCAAGCUGUGUACUGAGCGCCAUGUGUCGGUGGCUGUGAAGGGAUGGCUUUGGUGUGGUGCUACCAAAGUAUAGUAUGUAAUGCAAUGCUAUGGUGGUUUCCACUUUUUGCACUUAUGUAAGGAGCUUUUUUCUGUAAUUUUACAAGGACAUGCCUUCCGAGUACAUAUUUGUAUUUCAUUAAAGGUGAUCGAAUGCAAACUGAAUACAGGAA